AUGUCCCCAAUGAGUUGCCCAUCUCUAGCUUCUGAUAGGAUGAUUCCCGAAGAAGUUGAAGCGCUCUCACUUGGUGGCGAGUACUCAGGCAUGUGGGAGUUUAAUUCAGACGACGGCGAUCCCGACUACUGUGAGCAGCCCCCCAAACAGGAGUGCAGAAGGGCCAUACAGACCAGCCAACCUGCCUACCUUGAGGACACUGGCUGGGAGCAGCAAAUUGUUGAAAGCCAACAAGGCGCGGACUUUUUUUAUGAACCUCGAAACGCAUCUGCUCCAACGUCCCCCACCCGCUACCAUCAAGUAGCCGGCCAGCAGGGCCGGAGUGUACUGCUGACGCCCCCCGAAAAACACUCUGCUCAUAUAGACUAUGAAACCAAUCAGAGUUCGUACGGUAUGAACUUGCCGAACCAAUCGAAUCUCGAAUUACCGUCGCCAUUGGGAGACCCCCUGGCCACGAGUGUAAACUAUCAAGCAGCUCUGGAAGGUGCUUACGCCCAGUAUGGGCUACCACCCUCUGAGGCGCAGGACUUUUUAAAUUCACCAACUAAUCAACAAGUGAUGCAAAUGUUACGUUUUCCUGAAGCUGAUCUCCUCUCUGACCCUUAUAGGAUGGCAUCAUCACCCCCCCUACAGCUACCCAGUUUUUUGUCCGAUACAAUGUCACCAAUAGCUAACGGAAGAAUAACUAAAAGCGAUACCCAUUGCAAGGAAAUGAAGGUCAAGCUGCCCAAAUUCGCGACGUUCAACGAUUUAGGCAAAUUUGGCAAAAUCAACAUGCGAACUCGAAAGGCUUGGAAAAGGCAGCAGCCACGGCGCCGCAAGUCAAUUAAUGACCCUAAUGACUCGUAUUUUACCGAGGACUAG